CAUUUUAUGGGGAAUUUCGUCAAUAAUGUGGGGAGCAAGCUGUAAUUUGCUCAACUCCAGUGUAGCUCUCACAAUAUUCCAUUCUGUUGUCAGUUGUGUUACGAAACUUUUACGAUGAGCAUGCCGACGCACCAUUUGUACGUUAUUCGAUUCCGAAUAUCAAAUUUGAUCAAAGAUAUCCUUCAAAUUUGUAGUCACGAAACACCCUGCUAAGAAAUUGUGAUUAGCUACUCAAAAGCCCGUAUACUUAUACUGGUUUUUGGUUUAAAAGCUUCCCAUGUGAAAUUUUUGAAAAUGAUCGAAUCCACUAAAUGCGAACUAUAGGACGAAGCAUUUGGUGAAAUAUGGGAAUGUACACACAAAAACACCAACUAUGUACUAAUAGUUCUACAUCAAACGGUAGUUGGAUCGCUUCCUUUAAACCUGUGUACAACAAUGCAAUGAAGGGAUGUUGUUUAAGAUGCUAAUUGUCAGUGGCAAGGAAACCGUUCAUACAUGGCCUGUUGAUCGAAAUGUCUAGCACUUAUUUCGUGAAAAUUAAUCUGUGUAAACUAUCAUUAUUCAAAGCCCAUUUUGACUGACUGAAUGUGGUAAUUUCACAAUAGAAAAGCAUAUUUCUGUCAGCGUUUCGUAUGAAUCUUGGUGAUUUGCACGUAUCUUCUUCGAAAACAUUUAACCAAACUAGCUGUUAUUUUGCUAGUUUAUGCAUUAAUACCAAACUGUUUUCUUUCAGAAUGGCUCUUUGGCUUCGACUGUCACUGCUUUUAUUGUUUCUCGUGGUUGUUGUUUCAUCACUCCCUACGUCACUACUAAAGCGAAGGUCUAGGGACAAUGAAUUGUUUGAUGGCUCAGACCAACUAACAGAUGAUGAAGGGACUCAGUCUCGUGGGCGCCAUUUUGGAAAAAAAUCUGGAUCUAAGAAAAAUGAAUCAGCAGUCAAUGAAAAACGUUCGCAAAGACGACGUAGGAAGCAUAACCGACAAUGUGAAGUGACUGGCGACUGUCCUGAAGGUGGAGGUAUGAAAAAGUUAAACAGACGUGGGCGAAGACGACGUGUUCGAUGCAAUAGCGAUGCUGAUUGUCAAGAAGGUCAAACAUGCAAAGAACGUCGUCAUGGUGGACGUAAACACCAUAGUGUUGGCGCUGGUGGUGGCAUCAAUGCAGCUGAUUCAUCAUCAUUAUCGUCUCAUGGGUUAAAAACAGGAGGAAAUAAAGUUUGUCGUGAAAGAAGACAUGGUGGAGGAGUGCAUAGAAGAUCAGGCGCCUUGUAA